AUGCAGAAUGAAGUAAAUGGAAUACCAGUUACAGAAUACCACAUGCAGAAUGAAGCAAAUGGAAUACGUGCGGAAUACCACAAUGCAGAAUACAGGGAAGGUCACCGAAGGAAGCAGAUCGGCGAAAACUCCAGCAAGAGGAAAGCGUCCCUGCUCGCGUCCGACGCAGCGGGCGGUGGCGCCCCCUGUCCCCGGUGGCGCCCCCUGUCCCCCGGUGGCGCCUCCUGUCCCCGGUGGCACCCCCUGUCCCCGGUCGCAGAUCGCACGGAGCGUGACCGGUGUUUUCUGCCGUUCUUCUGUUUGAAGGCUGCGAUCACGAUGAUACCUGAGGCGUGGCAGCGCGACCACCUGAUGCCCGAAGCCAAGAAGGAUUUCUACAGGUGGAGCAGCAUGGCCAUGGAGCCGUGGGACGGACCAGCGUUGAUGACGUUCACGGAUGGACGCUACAUCGGAGCGAUCUUGGACAGGAACGGCCUGCGGCCGUCGCGCUUCUAUCUCACCCACGACAACUUCAUGUACAUGGCGAGCGAGGUCGGCGUAGCUGACGUGCCGCCGGAAUCCAUCCUGCAGAAGGGGAGGGCUGAAGCCCGGGCACGGAAUGCUUGGCGUGGUCGACACGGACCAAGGCCACAUCUUCGCGAAGGACGUGAACUGAAGCUUGGAGAUUGCUCAGCGACGUCCGUCACGAGUUGGCUCAAGGAGGCGUCAGUAGAACACUAA